GGUUAAUUCGCGCGUGACUUGAAAGUUCCGGACUGAGGCGGUCUGCGCUUGUGGACGUUACCUUACUUUGUAGGGUUUUGUCUUGCGAGGCUCUUUGAAACAGUUAUGAUAUGUGCGAAACAAACUACGAAUUUGUUCCAUAAUUUACUUCGCCGUGCAUACAAUCAGGUGUUUUUCAAUAGUACGAAUGUCCCAGACCUAAAGGGACCCAGAUCUUUAAACGUCGUUGCUGAAAAAACUGCGGCAAUAAAUAUUCUGGGUCAUCAUGUAGUUACAGAGGACUGUUUAACCUCAAUGGUGGGAAACAAGCAGUUCUACGAACUCCCUAUCAUUCAUUUGCUUUCGCGAAAAAAUAACUUGAUUGCAACACUAACUGAUUGUAACGGCCGAGUUUUAAAUGGCACUAGUUGUGGUGCCGAAGGUUUCCGAAACGCUCGUAAAAUGUCUACUGUUGCUGUUCAAACUGUUGGUAUCUCUAUAGGACUCAAGGCAAAAAAGCUUGGGAUCGAGGCUGUCCGUGUUGUAUUUAAUGGGUUAGGGUCAUGUAGGUUGUCUGCACUUUCAGGUCUGAACAUCUCUGGAAUAAAGAUGAUCUCUUUGACGGAUGAUACAAAUGUUCAUUAUGGUCAUGGGAGAAGGCCUAGAAAACCGCGUAGAUUGUAAGAAGAAUCGUCAUGUAAAUCUUUAUGUAUAUCAGUAGGAUUGAACAUAAAAUAAACUGUAAUUUACUC